CGUCAACUCCCAUUGCACCGACAGACAACACGCGGACCCUGGGCUGUCUACGUGGCGGGGCGGAAGGAGCGCGUCCAGCGAUAGAGUUGUCAACAGCGAGACUUAACGGAUGAACAUGUCUGACUCCAACCGCCCCAUAUUCACCACCCCUCCCCUCUCUGACCCCCCCCACACCGAACCCAACCCCUCAGAAGAAGAUACACACACAGCUCUCCCGCCUCCCACACCCAUCCUCCAGCCCUCAUUGGCCACGGAGGGUUCCGAGGGUUCUGAGCCAGCCAAAGAGGUGGCAGGAGAAGAAGUGACCAGGGACGACAGAGAUGAGGCUCCUAUUGACCAAUCAGGGGGCGGCGUGGAGGAUCAGGUGACUGAGUGUGGCCAAUUGGUGAGCCUGGAGGCGGAGACCGCUGCUGCCGAGGGGGAGGAAGAGGACUCUCUUCAGGUCAAGGGGAAAGGUUGGGGUGGAUGGAGCUCCUGGGGGAAGUCUCUACUGACCAGCGCCACAUCUACUAUGGGUAACAGUCUAACUUCAGUAAAGGAGAAGGCCGGAGCUCUGCGUCUUCACAGGACCUCAGUAGGAGAGGAGGCGCGAGAGGAGGGAGAGGAGGAGAGGAAGGAGGGAGGAGAGGAAGAGGAGGAUAGCUGUCCUCAGUCAGCCCAGGUCACUACGCCACCACCAAGCAGAGGAGUACUGUCUACCAUCACACACGCUGGUAAAUCAGUGAUCAGUGGGGGUCUCGAUGCCUUAGAGUUCAUCGGUAAGAGAACCAUGACGGUCCUGGCAGAGACCGACCCCGGAUUCAGGAAGACCAAGAUACUAAUGGAGAGGACUGUCUCACUGAGCCAGAUGCUGAAGGAUGCCAAGGAGAAGGAGAGGGCUCGUCUCAGCUGCCAGCCAAUCAGUGAGCCCACAGCUCACUACGGAAUCCUGUUUGAUGACUACCAGGGCCUAUCACACCUAGAGGCUCUGGAGAUACUGGCCAAUGAGAGUGAGGCUAAGGUUCAGUCGUUCCUCUCCUCCCUGGAAGAGGAGGAUCAGGAGGAGAUAAAGAAAGAACUGAUCGCCAUCAAGGACAUCUUCAUCAGCCACGCGGGAGAGGAAGAGGAGGGAGAGGAGAAGGAGGGAGAGGAGAAGGAGGGAGAGGAGACGGUGGACAGGGGUGAUCUAAGUCCCCAGUGUUCUACGCCUCUGUCAGCUGAUGGGGAGGAGUUUGUGAGUGUUCUGACUGAGCUGCUGUUUGAGCUUCACGUCGCUGCCACCCCGGACAAACUCAACAAGGCCAGGAUGAGAGCGCAUGAUUGGGUGAGAGAGGUGGAGAAACCUGUCGUCACAGAUACCAUCGGGGGGGCGACGGACGAAGAGCAAAGAGGAGAACCUGAAAUAAGAGAGGGAGAAGAAGAGAAGGGGGAAGAGAAGAAAGAAGGGGAGAAGCUGGAGGAGAGGAAAGAGGAUGAGGAAGAGAGACGAUCCAGGUCUGUAGAGGCAGUGUACCUGUGUUCAGUGGGCUCCCUGGCGGAGGUGACAGCCCGCAGUAUCGAGCAGCUCCACAAGGUGGCAGAGUUGAUCCUCCACGGACAAGACCAGGAGAAACCUGCCAGAGACCAGGCUCACAUACUCACCAGAUUGACGUGUGCCAUGUGUCGGGAGGUGGGCUGUCUUGCCAGGAAGUUCUCUGAUACUCUGCUCACCGUUGGGGGUCAGAGGAAAGCAGAAGAGUUGAACCCUUUGGUAGACAGUGUGCUGCUUGAGGGUUCUAACAGCACCACAUACAUCCAGAACGCCUUCCAGCUCCUCCUCCCGGUUCUCCAGAUGUCACACAUCCAAACCCAGAGCUCUAGAACCCGCACGGAACCACAGCCCUAACUGAAGUGCAGUUAGCGUACUAGCUAGCACUAAUGAUGUAACUAUGUACAGGAAGAUAAUGUGAUAUAUAUAUAUAUAUAUAUAUAUAACAACAGUGAUACUGAGGUAAACGUCUAGGUUGCCAUAGUAAUAGCCUGACUAGGAUAUUCUUUAAACUAUUCUAUAAUGCAGUAACAUAGUAUAGAUUCAUGUAGGGAACUUCUCAGAUCGAAGCGCUUGUACUCACGUCUCCAAAUUCACUAUUUUAUAAUAUAUAUAUAUAUAUUAAUCAUAUUAAUAUAUUAUAUAUUACUGUUCAGAGGUAAAUCUAAACAUGAUUCAUGUCAACUGGCUAAUUUAACCGGUUUAUCAGAUUUAUGUCUUAUCGUUUUAAAAAGCGAAAACCAAAAAUAAAACCUGUUUUAUGUUUUUCGUGUCACGUAAACCAGAUGGGCGCAGUGUAAUGUGUUGUUUAACAGGGUCGGCCAUGGUGGUACGGUGCCCCUGAAGCAUAUCAGGGUUAAGUGCUUUGCUCAAAAGGCACAUCGACAUAUUUUCUGGGGUUUGUUUGUUGCUUUGUCAGCUCAGGUAUUCGAACCAGAGACCUUUCGGUUCCUGGGCCCAACAUGCUAACCGCUAGGCUACAUGCAGCAGGUAUUGAUGUUCCCUGCAUAAUGAAGGGCCCGACGCGCUAACCGCUAGGCUACAUGCAGCAGGUAUUGAUGUUCCCUGCAUAAUGAAGGGCCCGACGCGCUAACCGCUAGGCUACAUGCAGCAGGUAUUGAUGUUCCCUGCAUAAUGAAGGGCCCUACGCGCUAACCGCUAGGCUACAUGCAGCAGGUAUUGAUGUUCCCUGCAUAAUGAAGGGCCCUACACGCUAACCGCUAGGCUACAUGCAGCAGGUAUUGAUGUUCCCUGCAUAAUGAAGGGCCUGACGCGCUAACCGCUAGGCUACAUGCAGCAGGUAUUGAUGCAUAAUGAAGGGCCCGACGCGCUAACCGCUAGGCUACAUGCAGCAGGUAUUGAUGUUCCCUGCAUAAUGAAGGGCCCGACGCGCUAACCGCUAGGCUACAUGCAGCAGGUAUUGAUGUUCCCUGCAUAAUGAAGGGCCCGACGCGCUAACCGCUAGGCUACAUGCAGCAGGUAUUGAUGUUCCCUGCAUAAUGAAGGGCCCGACGCGCUAACCGCUAGGCUUGUUUAAAUGGUAGAACUCAAACCCAUAUGUUGUUUAAAUGGUAGAACUCAAACCCAUAUGUUGUUUAAAUGGUAGAACACUAACCCUGAUGUUGUUUAAAUGGUAGAACUCAAACCCAUAUGUUGUUUAAAUGGUAGAACACUAACCCUGAUGUUGUUUAAAUGGUAGAACACAAACCCUGAUGUUGUUUAAAUGGUAGAACUCAAACCCUGAUGUUGUUUCAAUGUUAGAACACAAACCCUGAUGUUGUUUAAAUGGUAGAACUCAAACCCAUAUGUUGUUUAAAUGGUAGAACUCAAACCCUGAUGUUGUUUAAAUGGUAGAACUCAAACCCUGAUGUUGUUUAAAUGGUAGAACACUAACCCAUAUGUUGUUUAAAUGGUAGAACUCAAACCCAUAUGUUGUUUAAAUGGUAGAACUCAAACCCAUAUGUUGUUUAAAUGGUAGAACUCAAACCCUGAUGUUGUUUAAAUGGUAGAACUCAAACCUUGACAUUAACUGACAAAGACAAAUGAUGUUUUCUAUUUCUGCGUGUAUUUUUAGGUCCACUGGUUUAUUAAGUCGUUGUUUGAUCAUUUAUUAAUAUGCUGCCAUGGUAACGGAGAUGGAAUCUGACAACGGAACCGUAAUCACAAAAUACCAACAACAACAAAAAUAAAACACCUUUUUAAACUUUAA